UUCGUGAUCCGUAUUAAASUUUUAGAGUUUAAAACGGCAAUGCUGACAAAUUGCACUCAGCACUUUGAGCAGCGUUCUCCAUUGACAGACUGGGGAGAGCAGAGUGCCGACCACUCUCGUGCGAAGAUGAUGGCUGAUUAUUGAUGGCUGACAGGCAGUACAAUAAACAGAAAUCAAUCUCAUUUGCCAACAAAAAUAACAGYUAACGACAGUGCGAAACAAUUUCCAAAUGUUUUUGGAAUCUAGAGAAAGUCGACAAUCAACAGUCACUUCAAAUCAGCAAAGCAUAUGAGAAUGUUAGAACAGUUCCCACAGCAGCUGCAGAUCACCAUGACUGAAGUGGUAGCARGGAAGACUGGCAAACGCUGAAAGACCAAGUCAAAAAAAAAAGGUCUCAGUCUUGAGGAGAAGAGGACUCGCAUGAUGGAGAUUUUCUUUGAGACAAAAGAAGUGUUUCAGCUGAAGGACAUAGAGAAAAUCGCCCCCAAGACUAAAGGAAUAACACCCAUGUCAGUGAAGGAGGUUCUCCAGAGUCUGGUGGAUGACAACAUGGUGGACUGUGAGAGAGUGGGCACCUCAAACUACUACUGGGCCUUCCCCAGYAAGGCCCUGCACGCCCGCAAGCGCAGGUUGGAGGAGCUGGAAAAGCAGCAUACCGAGGAGAAACAAAGGAAGAUGUCUCUGCUGCAGGCUGUCGACAAAUCAAAARUAGGACGUGAAGAAACCGAGGAGCGGGCCACUCUUCUAAAGGAGCUGCAGGCUCUGAGGGAGAAGAGKAGUCAUCUGAAGGCAAAGCUGGAGAAGUACAGGGAGUGUGACCCGGAAGUGAUCGAGGAGAUGAGAAAGUCCAAUGUCACAGCUAAAGAGGCAGUGUCCAGGUGGACAGAUAACGUCUUUGCCAUCAAGUCGUGGGCCAAGAGGAAGUUUGGUUUCGAUGAUGGACGCAUCGAUAAAGCCUUCGGGAUACCUGAAGACUUUGAUUACAUGGACUGACUACACKAUCUGUAAUUUCUAUUAAUUGUUUUUGUUAAUUGAGUGACAGCCACUGCACAGGUUGCAACACAAGUCAGACAUGUUACUUAAAUCCACUCAGACAAGCCCCUCAAAAAACAGCCUUAUGCUUUUCGUAGUUGACUUGGGGCAGCUGCCAUUUUGACGCUCGCUCAUGGCCCUCGCAGGUGCAAAUGCUGCUUCUGUGGAACUUGAGAAGGCGCUGUGCUAACSUUUUGGCUGUUUCGUCCGUGGUGGGGGGGCCCUACAUUUGGGACACCUGUUCGCAUGAAAAUCAAGAGCCCAGAGUCGUUCACGGAAAUUAGUUGUGUUCAGCACUCUACACACAGAAAAAGAAGCGGCACAUCAAACUCCCAUGCGAUGUUAAAAAUCUGAUCUUAACKGAUUUAAACAGAUGGAAAUGAAAA